AAUACAACUCUGUUGUCCAGAGUGAAGUGGUUGAUGUGAGCGCGUGACCCAUCAGACAAGAACCAAGGACUUAAGUCAAUAAGUCGCUUCAAUCUGUUCGGGAUAGUCCACGGCAUUUCUGUAACCCUUUGUCUAAGUUGGAAUUGGUACCACCUUUUGCUGACAUCCAAUCAGCUUUUAAGAUUUCUUCAUUAUGAAUAUAAAGGAUGAUAUUUCAUCACUUCUUACGGAGGCACGAUUGAAAUGUGAAGAAGGAGACUAUAAAGAGUCGCUUAAUCUCUGUCAAAAGGCUUAUGCAUUAGAUCCAUCACCUAAUAUUCUACGGAAAAUUGAACGUCUUCAAAAGUUCCUUAAUGAUGAAACCAAAGAAAAUAGUCCAGUAAUUUCAACAGAGUCAAAUAGUCCUGUUAAGGAAGCUGCUAGACAUUUUCUCAAUGAAGCUAAAAAGUAUGAGAUGUCUGGAAAAAUAGAUGAAUGUAUAAAUCUUUUAAAAGAAGCCUAUUUAUGUGAUCCUUCUGAUGAAAUUCAAGCGAAAAUUGAAGAAAUGAAACAGGCAAUAGAUCGUGAUAAUCCACCUAUCCCUUUGUCGAGUGUCAUUUCACAAGAAGACAAGGUAUGUUUUUUUAUUACUGAAUAA